GGCACCGUUCCGGCUGGGCAUGAGCUUGGCGGAGAUCGCCCAGUCGCUGGGCUCCUCGGAGCAGGCGCUGCGCCUCAUCCUGUCCAUCUUGAUGGGCUACCCCUUUGCCUUGUUCCAGCGCCGUUUUCUUUUCCAGAAGGAGGUCUACCUCAGUCACCUAUACAACACAUUAACAGGGGUCUCACUUGCCUACUUCAACUUCGGACCACAAUGCUGCCACUCCUUCAUCUGUGUCUUUGUCCAGUUUCUCAUCCUGAGGCUCAUGGGCCGCACAGUCACUGCCGUCGUCAUGACUUUCAUCUUUCAGAUGACAUAUCUGAUGGCCGGCUACUACUUCACCGCCACAGAGCACUAUGACAUCAAAUGGACUAUGCCGCACUGUGUCUUGACUCUCAAACUGAUUGGUUUGGCCUUAGAUUACUAUGAUAGCAGGAAGGAUGUGGAGGCCCUCACCCCAGAACAACAGCGAUUUGCCGUACGGGGAGUUCCUACGUUACUGGAGGUCUCUGGCUUCUCCUUUUUUUAUGGUGCCUUCAUGGUGGGGCCUCAGUUCUCGAUGACACAAUAUCAUGACCUGGUAAAGGGCGAGUUGACCGACGUCCCGGGCCAAAGACCCAACAGCUUUGUACCUGCUCUGAAGCGCCUGGUUCUGGGCCUCUUUUUCUUGGUAGUCUACACUGUACUGGGUCCGUAUAUCUCUGACGAAUACUUCGGCUCUGACGAUUACGCGGAGCAGCCGUUCUGGUUCCGUUGCCUUUAUAUAUUGAUCUGGGGCAAGGUGAUACUCUACAAGUAUGUUACCUGCUGGCUGGUCACAGAGGGCGUCUGCAUCCUCACGGGCCUCGGGUACAACGGGAAGGACGAGGCGGGGCGGGCGAAAUGGGACGCUUGCGCCAACAUGAAAAUCUGGCUGUUUGAGACGACACCUUACUUCACGGGGACCAUCGCCUCCUUCAACACCAACACCAAUGCCUGGGUCGCCCGCUACAUCUACAAACGACUGAAGUUCCUGGGGAAUAAGCUACUGUCACAAGCCAUAUCUUUGCUUUUCCUGGCCAUCUGGCACGGGCUGCACUGCGGUUACCUGGUGUGCUUCCAGAUGGAGUUCCUGAUCGUCAUCGUCGAAAGACAGGUUAUCAGUCUGGUACGAGACAGCCCGCUGCUGAACAAGUUAACUUCAGUCACCAUCUUGCGGCCUCUCUUCUAUUUUCUUCAGCAGUUUAUCCAUUGGAUGUUUAUGGGAUAUUCUCUGGUGCCAUUUUGCCUUUUCACUUGGGAAAAGUGGCUCAAGGUAUACCAGUCUGUUUAUUUUUUAGGCCAUGUGUUGUUUUUCACACUACUCUUUGUGUUGCCUUUCGUCCGAAAAGUACUCGUGCCACAGAAAGAGAAGUUAAAGAAAGCCGAGUAACAACCAAAAGAUUGUACCACGUGUGCAUUUGUCGUGGGGAAUACAGAAGCAUCAGCUGCCAAACUUACUGCGUCCAAGCCUUGUCUGAGUAACAGAGGGAGGAAAGAGAGCACAGGGGCUGC